AUGGCUGAGCNUGGAGAGUCCUCCAANGAUCGAGUUUCUGAGUUUGAUUAUGACUAUCUCGCUGAGGUCUCUGCUCGUCUUGGGAUGGAUAUAGUUCAGGGGGCAAAGAGGCAAGAAGAAGAAGANCAUAAAGAACGGAUGAAAAUGAAGAAAGGUUUUAACUCACAGAUGCGCAGUGAAGCCAAACGACUAAAGACUUUUGAGACCUAUGACACGUUCAGAUCAUGGACCCCACAGGAGAUGGCAGCUGCUGGGUUUUACUACACAGGCGUGAAACAUGGGGUUCAGUGCUUUUGCUGUAGCUUAAUCCUCUUUGGUACUAGCCACAGGAAACUUCCCAUAGAGAGACACAAGAAAUUACGACCAGAGUGUGAGUUCCUUCUGGGCAAAGAUGUUGGUAACAUUGGCAAGUAUGACAUCCGGGUGAAGAGUCCAGAGAAGAUGCUGAGAGGUGGCAAAGCCAGGUACCAUGAAGAGGAGGCCAGACUGGAGUCCUUUGAGGACUGGCCAUUUUAUGCCCAUAGGACAUCACCACGUGUACUCUCAACAGCUGGCUUUGUCUUUACAGGUAAAAGGGACACUGUGCAGUGUUUCUCCUGUGACGGAAGCUUGGGCAACUGGGAAGAAGGAGAUGACCCCUGGAAGGAGCAUGCCAAGUGGUUCCCCAA